AUCGUUGUCGCCGUCGCCAGCACCUUCCCGCUCAUCAUCCCACUUGUAAUCAUCCUGGCUAUCCUGCAGCGAGUCGCUACUUUGAAGAUUUAGUAGCAGCAACAACAAAAAUGCGGAAGACCAAUUGUGCAGCCAAAUGGAGCAGGGCUGAGACAUUCAAAUGAAAUGAAAUGAAAUGGAAUGAAAUGAAAUGUGAUAUGUGCAGAUAUGUGACAAUGGAAUUGAAACAAGCGACGCCACUGGCACAAUUGAAUUGUAUUAUUAGACGUAAGGACAAGUUUCUGGCUGACUUGGAGGCAAUUGCACGCAUGGGAAAUGUGCAACCAGUUGUUGCUGUCGCUGUUGUUGUUGUUGCUGCUGUUGUUGUUGUUGCCAUUGAACCACAUACCCAUAGAGCUUAAAACUGGAAAUUCAUAUGCGUUUUCACUGCCAACAACAGCCACACAACGACGAGCUGGAGAGGAAGGCCAACAGCAUUGGCAAAAAUCCUGCCAUUUGAUGGAAAGUGAAAUUGCUUUCGUUUUCAUUUGAAAACUUUGGCAAACUCCAUUCAAUUGUCGUUGGCCAAUCCGUGCGGUUCGUUGCGAGCGCAUCAAUCAAAAUGAGAAUUACACAACUUUUGCAUAUUUUCUUGUGUGUUAUCACAUCCAUGGAAGCCAUGGGCUAUGGCACGAAGAAGGCGCGCUGCUUGAAUCCGCCGCGCACCGCCAGACGCGUCGAGUCCGUCAUCGGCGACUGUCAGGAUGAGGUCAAGAAUAAGCUGGUCAAUGAGGCAUACCAAAUACUCAAGGAGCAGGUGCAGCAGGAGCAGCCCACGCUGAAUGCCGACGACGGCGUGGAGUUCAUUGAGUCGCUUCAGUGGCCGCCCGUGCUGCAGCAGACAAGCCACGAGGCGCCACCCAAUGCCAGCCGCUACGAGUAUAUUGUCUACGAUGAGCCGGAGCCGCGGCGUCGCAUGGCGCGCCUGGUGCGCAGCCUGAAGCGUCUGGAUGUGGCCAGUGCGGGCAUCUAUCACCCGACGCUGGUGCCGCUGGAAGACAAGCGCAUUGCGGGCUGUCUGCUGCACUGCGUCUAUGCGAGGAACAACGCCAUUGACAAGAAUGGCUGGCCGACACUGGACGGCCUGGUCGGCUUUUAUUCGGAGGGUGUUCACGAGCACGGCUUCUUUAUGGCCACAUUACGUUCGGUUAAUCUCUGUCUGCGGGCCAUGACCACCAAAUACCAAGUAAAUCGCCGGCAGCUGCCGCAGAAAGGCGAAAGCUGUGACUUGGCAUUUGAUGUGUUCGACUGCAUAUCGGAUCAGAUAACAGGCUAUUGCCUGGAUCAAUAUAGCUAGUAUUAGUUGGGGCUAUAAUAAAAACAUCCUUAUUUAUUGUUGCUUUAAGAUUUUUAUUACUACGUUUGCGCCAUCUAUUGUUUGUUUUCACAACCAAGCAAUGGCUUUACAAAUUUGACCUAAGAUGGCGCCACACUGCUUUGUUUGCAUAUGUUUGCCGCAGAGCUGUCACCCGAUGCAAAUUUUAAACAACCAUUGUUGUAACUGUAAAGCGCAUAAAUAGUAAUUUUGAACUAAACGCCAUUAUUUUAAAUGAAA